AACAGUCUGUUCUCUCAGAAUAAAAACCCGGGUGCUGCAGAGUUUGCUACGGUUCUCAUUGCUUUCCAGAGUCACAGAAGCUGACGGUGGCACUCCCUGUGCAGGCUUUGCAUGGAUCUGGGUGCCUCAGCUGGGUCUCCUGUCACCUCAAGAAAAUGAAGACAUCCAGGACAUGGGCUUGGAGGGUGCCGGCAGAGCUGUUUCUUCUCUGUGCUGCUUUGGGUUGUCUCAGUUUGCCUGGCUCCAGAGGUGAAAGACCACACUUUCUUGAGUCAAAUGCAAUCAACGAGAGCCUUGCCAAGAGUAGGCAGACCCGGAGUGUGGAUGUCACGUUGCUGCCUAUUGAUUGUGAGCUGUCCAGCUGGUCCUCCUGGACCAAGUGUGAUCCCUGCCAGAAGAAAAGGUACAGACAUGCGGUCUUGCUCCGGCCCUCUCAGUUCCAUGGGGAACCAUGCGACUUCUCUGACAAGGAAGCUGAAGACUGUGUUACCAACGCACUCUGCAGAAGUCAAGUGCGAUGUGAAGGCUUUGUGUGUGCACAGACAGGGAGGUGUGUGAACCGCAGACUUCUUUGCAACGGGGACAAUGAUUGUGGAGACCAGUCAGAUGAGGCAAACUGUAAAAGGACUUACAGAAAGUGUCAGCAAGGAAUGGAGCAAUACUGGGCAAUUGGCAGUCUGGCCAGUGGGAUUAAUUUGUUCACAAAUAGGUUGGAGGGCCCGGUUCUCGAUCACAGGUAUUACGGCGGUGGGUGUUCCCCCCAUUACAUACUGAACACGAGGUUUAGGAAGCCCUACAACGUGGAAAGCUACACCCCACAGACCCAAGGAAAAUAUGAAUUUGCGCUGACAGAAUAUGAAUCCUACUCAGAUUUCGAGCGUAAUGUCUCAAAAGCAGAAGCCAGAAAGUUUAGUUUCAGCUUUGGUUUUAAAAUACCUGGAGUAUUUGAACUUGGCAUGAACCUGGCAAGUGAUAUUGGCCAACGUAUGAUUUCCAGAACUAAACGAUUUGCUCAUACAGGAAGCAAAUUUCUGCACGCACGCUCCGAACUUGAAGUCGCACAUUACAAGCUGAAAUCCCGAAGCCUCAUGCUCCAUUACGAAUUCCUCCAGCGAGUCAAGCAACUGCCCCUGGAGUAUGGCUACGGGGAGUACAGGGAUCUCUUCCGCAGUUUCGGGACCCACUACAUCACAGAGGCCGUGCUUGGGGGCAUUUAUGAAUACACACUCAUUCUGAACCAAGAGGCCAUGGAGAAAGCAGAUUAUUCUCUUAAGGAUGUCCAUGCCUGUGCCCAAGCUGGCUUUAGAAUUGGUGGUAACUUGGAAGUGGUCUACCUCAAGCUGGGUGUGUCGCUGGCCAUAUGCAAGGGUAUUCUGAAGGAAAUAAAAGACAGAAAUAAGAGGAAGACCAUGGUAGAGGACUUGGUGGUCCUUGUGCGAGGAGGAGCCAGUGAGUACAUCACUGCCCUGGCAUACAAGGACCUGCCGACUGCCGACCUGAUGCAGGAGUGGGGUGACGCGGUACAGUACAACCCGGACAUCAUCAAAAUUAAGGCAGAGCCUCUGUAUGAACUGGUGACGGCCACGGACUUUGCCUUCUCCAGCACAGUGAAGCAGAACAUGAAACGGGCUCUGGAGGAGUUCCAGAAAGAAGUCAGCGCCUGCCACUGUGCUCCCUGCCAUGGGAAUGGAGUCCCUGUCCUGAUAGAAUCACGUUGUGACUGCGUCUGUCCUAAUGGAUUCCGAGGCCAAGCCUGUGAGAUCACCUUUCGGGAAAACGUCCCCAUUGAUGGGAAGUGGAAUUGCUGGUCAGACUGGUCUCCAUGUUCUGGAGGACAGAAAACAAGACAAAGGCAGUGCACCAAUCCACCUCCUCAAAAUGGCGGCAGCCCCUGCUCGGGCCCUGCUUCAGAAACACUUAACUGUUAGGUGGAAGGGACAGCUUCUAGUAGCAGGUGACACCACUGUGGGCUGCACUCAGCGAGAGCUCUGAGCCCUUAGGAGCUCAGGGUAGCUCACCCCACCCCAGGCGCCACCUGGGGCCAGCCCAAGGGUGGAGGGCAGUGCCAUUCAGGAUGUUUAAAAUAAAAAUGUUACUUGUAAAAUACACAUUGAUUGGAACAAACAGUGAGUUAACAAUCAUGAUAAGUUCCUUAAGGGCUUAAACCUCUCGGUAAUCCUCGCUUUGCUCAUCUCUACAGUUUUGUUUCACUCACAUUUACUACCAGCCAGGAACUGGGUUGGGAAUUAUUUACAUUGAAGUCCUACUGUCUGGCAAUGACUGGCUCAUAGUAGGUGCCCAGUAAUGAAUCAAGGAAUAGAUACUGAGUUGCUCCUCCCUUGAGGAAUAUACUGUCUCAUUCAAUGACCACGGCAGUUAAUAUUUUUUAAAUGAUUGCUAUGUGCCAACCACAGUGAUCAGUGUAUUAAUUCAUGUCACCCUCACGACGACCUUGUAAGGUGGAUGCCAUAUAGUGGCCUAUUAAACAGCUGGCAGAACUGAGGCUUAGACCAAUAACGUGGCUUGUCCAGGGUCACACAGUUAGGAAGUGAGCAGAGCUAGGCUGCAAAUCUGGGCUCUCAGGCUCCAGGGAUUUAAACUGAAUUAUCAUGCUCCCUUGCUUUCAAUAGAUGGGCAUUUGAUUAGCAAAGAAUUUUUAAUGAAUUUUUAAUAUUGGAGAAAAUGUGUGUGUGUGUGUGUGUGUGUGUGACACAGAUCUUCACCGAUGCAUCCUGAGGGGAGUGGAUCUGGGUUCCUCAGCUCCCUUUGGCUAGUGAGCACAGGAAGCACAUGGUUGGACAUGUCCCAACCAGGAGUUGUGGACUCGAGCUGAAUUGUCGUGACGUGAAUGGGUACCCAGAGAAGAUCCUGAGUUGAAGAUAAGAGCCAGGGAAACUGAUCACUGAAUGAGAGACAGUUAAACAAGACAGAUUUUUAAAAAUAGAGGCGUGGUUGUAGUGGCAGGGACAGGAAACAUGUCAAGUUAAUGGCUGUGGGGCCGUGUGCAGUGAGAACGUUUCUCUACCUCUGCACAGUCUACAUUGCUCACUCAUGCUCUUGUGCGAACCCCAUUUGGGGGAGGGCGGUGCUUGAGGAGGAGAAUAAGAAGGCAUCUGAUCUUCAGGUUACUAACAACCAAAUAUUUUUAUUCUUUAGACUGAGUCAAGUGAUCACUUAAUCUUUAUUGCUCUCGUUCAUUCUAUCAUAUUAAAACCAUCCCUUAAUAUAUUUUUUGCUCUUGGGCCCUUCCUGUCUGAUGACAGAACUUGAUGUGAGUUUGUUGAAAUCAAAUUGGUGUGAAAAAAAACAGUCGAUGAAAGGUGAAUUGGUUCAUCCUGUUUUCAACCAAUUUGUUCUUGGCUACGUCAUCUGCUUUGAAUUCGCUACUGGGCCCAGUACUAGGGCCUAAGACUGAACACAUCCAUGACACCAAAGCCUGGGGCACCGCCACCCACCAGUCUGGCCCACCCAGCUAUCUGGAGCUGUCAAUCAAACAACCACCAGAAGGAGCUGAUAUUUUACCGCCCAGGGUUUGUUGCAGCAAGCGUGUGAAAGCUGUCUAUCUUCCUGCGUCCUGGUGUCCCCUGCAAUUGAGCUGACGGGUGUGGGCCUUUUUUUGGCUUAAUAUUAUUUCUUUGCUGUCUGCUGUUAUUGCAACAGGCUAAUCCAAUAAUGGUUUAUCUCUUUCAUUAUACCGAGACCGAAUAAUUUUCUUGAGUUAUAAUCUAUCUUCUUUGAAGAUUCCCCAGAGAUGGGGAAGAGCGGUUCUGUCUUUGGUUGACGGGAAGCUCUGAUGAAGCCGACAGUAGCACGUCGAAACCAGCGCCGCCAAAUUAAAUUCUGACUCUCAAUCACAGCCACCGUUUCUAAUGGGAAAUUUGAGUUGAUUAUGGCGAUGACAGCCCAGGUUCACGUUUAUUGCAUUUAGCAGAAAUUGUUUAUCCUAUUAAAUAUGGUCUUGAAGGAGAGACAAUUGAAUUGCGGAACACCGGUGAAUACCCAAAUGACGCCACAGCCCUGCUAAACUGUGUAAUAAUUAUAUUCUUAUUUGUGGGCUAAACUUCCCCUCGUGGCUCUUUUUGCAAACAAAUGUACUUAGGAGGAGGCUGAAACAUAAUGUAAGAAUUAAACAAAAUAAAUGCAAAUCGUGCUUUUGGAAAACCUUGGCAACGGUACCUCGAACCAGCGUACCCGUGUAGGAGCUACAGUGUCCGUGGGGCACAGUCUAGGCUGUGGUUUGGCAGUGAUCCUGGAAGCUUGAACAAGAUACCUGGAUGUGGGAGAGGUUUGCAUCCAAGAACAUAAAUCUCUGAAAUGCUGUGAGCUCUGCCGCGUACUUGAUGUCGGGGUGUGGGGGUGGGAGUCCUGUGUCUGUCCUUCCACCCUGGGUGACUUUGGGCUAAUAACAUAACUUCUGUGGGAAUAAUAAAUAUUAUUAUAAUAGCUGCCAA